CCCUUAAAAAUCAUAAACAGCAUACGAAGUAAGUGUCAGGUUCGUAACGAUAACUUGAGGUAGCGGUGUUUUCGGUAGGAGGCGUACAUCAACUGUGCGGUGCCCCGCCGCCACGAUCGUUAGGCUGCCGCACCACACUGCCGGCAGUGAAGGUGAAGCUCCCAGCCGACAAGCGAGGUCCGUGUGAUCGUACCGUGGGAGCUCCAGACUGGACUAUAUCCCCAGUACGGAGUAUCACGAAUAGUGGUUGUUCCUCACACGCCAACUGACCGGUAGGCAUCUGUUCUUCCAUAUCUGUUAGCGGUCCUCUUUGUACCUGUAGACGAUCCUUCUUAACCACAGCGUACAGCAGAAGCAGCCAUGGCGCUUGCAACCGCAGCAGUAGCUGGCACGGCAGCAGCGGCAGCAUACCUCGAUGGCCGCUAUCACCUCGCCAAAGACAUCGGCGACAUCCGCGAGCGUCGACGAGUUGGCAAGCUUGCGCAAAAGCAAGCCAAGCAGCACCGGCUCUCGCUCUGGUAUCUCUUCGAGGAACAGGCACAAAAGCUGAAAGACGAACAAUGCAUAUGGUAUCGCUCCAACCCCUCCGAGCCAAUCACCACGUACACAUGGACGCAGACGUACGAGCAAUGUUGUCGUUGGGCCAACUUCCUCCUCGAGCAGGGUGUCAAGCCUGGUGAGCUCGUGGGGACGUAUCUCGUCAACACCCCGGAGUUCAUGUUCAACCUGGUCGGAAGCUGGGCGAUCGGAUCUGCACCGGCUAUGAUCAACUACAAUCUUGGCGGAGACGGCUUGAUUCACUCGCUCAAAGUUUCCGGCAGCAAAGUGCUUGUCGUAGACGAGGACGAAGGCUGUCAGGAGCGUGUCGAGGCCGUGCGGUCGAAGAUCGAGAGUGAGCUCGACAUGAAGAUCGUCAUCAUCAAUGCUGCGACCAAGGCAGCGAUCGCCGCACGACCGUCAACCAGACCGGCCGACUCCUACCGCAAGGACUUGAACCCAAACUUUCCAAUCUUUCUCUUCUAUACGUCUGGUACUACAGGUCUCCCCAAAGCAUGCGCAAUGCCUACUGCCCGCUCAUACGUGCUCACAUCACCCCGACUCCGAUCUACGGGCGUAAAGGCUGGCCGUCCACGAACAACCUUCUCCAGCGGCCGUAAGCCGGACGUUUGGUACGACUGCAUGCCUCUGUAUCACGGUACAGGCUGCACUGUCGCACUCAGCUGUCUCAUCAACGGCGUUACACUUGCUAUUGGCCGCAAAUUCAGUGUGCGCAACUUCUGGCGAGAUGUCCACGACAGUCAAGCCAAUGCAUUCGUAUACGUUGGUGAGACAGCGCGCUACCUCCUUGCUGCACCACCGAGCCCGCUCGACAAGGGCCACAAACUCAAGGCGAUGUAUGGAAAUGGAAUGCGGCCAGACGUAUGGUCCAAGUUUCAGGAGCGCUUCGAUAUACCUUGUGUCAACGAGUUCUUCAACAGCACAGAAGGCAUGCUGCAGUUACUGAACGUCUGUCGAGGCCCGUUCCACGCCGCACAUGUUGGCCAUCACGGCGCUCUUGAGCGUCGGAGGCUGUGGAAUAAAAUCGUGCCGGUGCAGAUUGAUUACGAGAAGGGUGAUCAGAUAUGGCGGGACCCGAAGACUGGAUUUGCAAAGAGACAGAGCUAUGAGGAAGGAGGUGAGGUCUUGAUCAAGUGCGAUAGUGAAAAGGACUUUGUCGGCUACUGGAACAAUCCAGAUGCGACUCAGAGAAGGUUCGAGAAGGACGUCUUUCAGACAGGAGACCUAUACUACCGGACAGGCGAUGCGCUACGACGAGAUGCGGACGGUAGAUGGUUUUUCCUUGACCGGCUGGGCGACACUUUCCGCUGGAAGUCGGAGAACGUCUCGACUGCUGAAGUGGCCGAAGUGCUUGGCCGCUUUCCCGGUAUCGUCGAAGCCAACGUGUAUGGUGUUGAGAUACCUAACCAUGAUGGACGAGCUGGUUGCGCGGCGAUCUUCAUCCAGCCCGCAGACCCAGAACACUUCGAUUGGACGGGGUUACUGGCACAUGCAAGGAAACUAUUGCCCCGGUAUGCUGUGCCGGUGUUCUUGAGAGUGGUAAGGCAGCAGCAGGCCUCCCACAACAACAAGCAGCUCAAGGUACCUUUGCGGAAAGAAGGUGUGGAUCCGAAGAAGGUCAGAGAGGGAGAUGCUGGGAGCGAAGAUAUUUUGAUGUGGGUCAGGCCGGGCUCCGACCGUUACGAGCCAUUCACAGAGACCGAGUGGGAGACUCUGGGCGCUGGCAAGGCGAGGCUAUGAGAGGCUGCGGAGAUCGAGGACGGCGUAGUUGAUCUGUGUAUCCUGUAUCGUCGGCUUCGCGUGAGCAAUAUGUACGUAGUUACACCGUCAUUGGCGCCGGAGAAGGGCCGAAGCGCUCAGCGGUUGCAAGCGCACUUCACCUCAUCCUCGAUCGGCAUUCAUGCUCCCAAGAAGGCAGUCACGGUAAAGCUUAAAACAAGGCAAUUCACCUCAACAAUGUCGAGCGAACACUGCUGCGUCCAGACCACCCUAUCGACCGCCGCGGAAGGCCAUUCCACAAGACCGAAAGGGUACCAAGGAACCAUCUGAAUCCCCGCAUUUCGGGAAGUCGGGAGCGCAAGUGCUAGCUCAAAGGAGCAUCAUCGCCUGUGGAUCAAGCAUUUGCUGUCCGGCUUGCAUCGUUUGCUCGCUUGCUCCUCCUCGUGCUCAACCAUUGCAGCUCUAUAUG